CUGCUAUAAAUAGCAGGCAGAGCGGUGUGGAACUGAGGAGUCCAUCCACACACACACACACACACAAGCGAAACCCACUCCACCCAACCGUCUCGGAGCAGAGCAGAGCCUCUCUUUGUCCUUCACCUUCGUCUUCCUCCCUCUCGGCAGCUCGACCUUUGCAUGGCAGCAGUGGCUAGCUCCAAGGGGCGGGUGAUCGCUGGGAGCCUCGUCGCGCGCGUCCUCGCCGGCAAGGCCAACGCCUCCCCGAGGAGGGCGGUGCACGCGUCGGCCUACGACAAGAACGUGGACGAGCAGGUGCGCCCGGCCUUCGUGCCGGACGAUGUGAUCGGCGGCGCCGGGAGCCCAGACAAGUACUGGGGCCCUCACCCCACCACCGGCGUCUUCGGCCCCGCCGCGGUCGACCCCAAGCUGGCCGCCACCCUCGCGCCGGCCAGCGCCGCCGCGAAUGGUGGCGCCUCCGUGCUGGACCAGAAGGUGUGGUUCCGCCCGCUCGAGGACGUCGAGAAGCCCCCCGUCGCCUGAUCGCCGGCGACCACCAAGACGACGAUAGCCCAGCUCGACAUCUCUAUCACUCCGCUUAGCUGGGCUCGACCACCCACCUAAUUAUAAUCUACAGUAGUGUGCUUGUGCUAUAGUACAGACAUGGCAGGCACCAGAACCAGUAGUAGUAUUGCGGUGUUGCUGCCUGGAAUAAGAGCGAGCAGAAGAUGUGUGAUGAUGAUGAUGACACUGAUGUUGGUGGCUGUGAUGUACUCCCGUCUUAAACCGGUACUAUUGCAAGUGUUUGGUAA